UCUGGUGGGAGACCAAGGAAGAUUGCUUGUGGCUGGUCUACUACGUGGUCUUCAUCGCGCCGCUCCAUGCGUUCCUCAUCGGCUACCUCGAGCGCCAAGGGAAGCAGGUCACGCCGUCCAAGGCCAUCAUCUGGAUCGCGUCGCUCGCGCUCAUGUCGACCUUCCUGCCGCUGGUACAUGGCACGGCUCGCCGGCGCGCUCACAUAUAGACCUCUAGCUCGUGCGCAAGAAGCUGUCCGAGUCCAGCCCGUACCGCAUUCUCAGCGUACGGCUGGUACAUACCGCCAUGGCUCAAUGGACGCGACGUGCGUAGGUCACCCGGUACGGCCCCAAGUACGCCUGGGCGCAGCAGUACAGCCACUUGAAGCAGUACUUUACGAGGGGCCAAAUGAGCCCCGACAUUUGGGCUGUCUUCGAAGCCGCCUACGAC